AUGGUGCUUCUGAAUUGCCGAAGCCUCCCCUUGACUAGAAUUCCCCCAUUACUGGAAACUGGGAACACAAAAUCCACCAGAGAGACAAAACUGAAAGGAGCUGAAGAGAUGACCAAUGGUGUCCCCAAAAAGGUGUGUGGAGACCAAAGUCUCAGAAGAAGAGCAUUCGAGCUCUUCUCCAAUGACCAGAGAGCGCUUAGUUCAGACAUCAAGCCUUCUUCAUAUGGGGCUUUGCUGCGAGCUUGCUCAAAAGAGAGAUUUUUAGAAGGGGGUCUUCAAGUCCAUGCUCGCAUGAUAAAGAGAGGUCUCGAAUCCGAUCAGUUCUUGCAAUCCAGCCUGCUGAGCUUGUACGUGAAAUGCGAAAGCUUGGAUUUUGCUCGCAGGGUGUUCGACACCAGCAAACUUGGAACCAAUCUCAUCUGUUGCAACUCCAUAAUUACAAUGUACUAUCGAAGUGGGCUCGUCGAGGAGGCCUUGUCGGUGUUCCUUGAAUCGCAGAGUCAUGGGAUUGAACCGGACGCGUUCACGUUUUCUGUUGUUAUAAGAGUCGCAGGACAGCAAAGGGAGCCCUCUCUAGGAAAGCAGCUCCAUUCUCUCUCCAUCAAGUUUGGAUGUGGAGGAGAAGAGUUCGUGAGCAACUCUCUCAUCCAAAUGUAUGCUGCUUGUGAGAAUAUAAAUGACUCUGCUCGUGCUUUUGAGGCGAUUUCCAGAACAAGGAGUCCAGUAGCUUGGAAUUCUAUGAUCGCUCAGCUAGUGGAACAUGGGAUCCACGGUGAUGGUUUUAAUCUUUAUAAGGAGAUGCAGAGCACUGGAAUUGAACCGACUCCUCUAACAUUCAGCAGCCUGCUGAAAUCUUCUGCCGAUAUCGAAGCAGAUUCUUUGGGAAAGCAACUGCACAGCCAACUUAUCGUGCGCGGUUUUUCUUCAAAUCUAAUUCUAGAGACCGCCCUUGUAGACUUGUAUGCAAAGUGUGGAGAAUUAGAAUAUGGAAGGCAGGUUUUUGAGAGAAUGAAACAGAGAAACGUUACCAGUUGGAAUUCCAUAAUUAGAGGGUACUCUCAGGUGGGCUACAGAGAAGAAGCUUUCAGACUGUUUCAAGUGAUGAGGAGACAAGAAACUCUACCGGAUAAGUUUACAUUCCCUGCUUUACUGACUGGAGCUAAAGUAGGAGACUAUUUUCCUGAAGAAUUCGAAGCGGUACAUGCAUAUAUCUUCAAGGUUGGAUUGGAGAGAGAUCACUUUAUCGGAACUUGUUUGAUUACUGUGUAUUCAGCAAAGCAAAAAAUUGGGUGUGCGAGACAAGCAUUUGAUGAUAUGGAUUCAAUGGACAGUGGAGUUUGGUCUUCGAUGAUAUCUGCAAGUGUGAAGAGUGGCAGAGCAGAGGAGGCACUCCACCUAUUCCUUGAGAUGAUGUACUUGGGUAUCGAAACCAGUCAGUUCAUCUAUUCAGGCUUGUUGUUGGCUUGUGGUGAAUUGUCAAGGAUGGAAAUGGGAAAACAGGUCCAUGCUCACUGCUUAAAAAGCAGUGAUUCCCCUGAUGUGGCAACAAAGAAUUCCCUUGUUACCAUGUACUCAAAUUGCGGGUGCAUCAGUGAAGCAUGGAAAAUCUUCAAUUCAAUAGCAAAACCAAACGUGAUUUCAUUCAAUUCAAUUAUUUCAGCUCUUGCUCAACAUGGCUCUCCAAAAGAAGCUGCAGAGCUCUUCAGACGGAUGAAACUUGUUGGCCAGAGACCUGAUGAAAUUACUCUCCUAAACCUCCUUUCAGCUUUCAAUCAUGCUGGUCUUGUUCAUGAAGGCCUAGAGGUAUUCAAUUCCAUGGAAGAAAAUGAAGGAAUUAAACCAAGUUACCAACAUUAUGCAUGCAUGGUGGACAUGAUGGCCCGAGCAGGAGAUAUUGAGGGAGCAAUGAGACUAAUAGAUAUUAUGCCUUUUGAACCCGACACUUCUCUAUGGAGAACCGUCCUUGGAGCUUGUCGUAAACAUCGAAACAUGGGAAUCGGAAGGCAGGUAGCAGAUUUGCUGCUCGAAUCAGAUCCUUAUGAAGCUACUAAUUAUGUACUUGUUGCUAAUAUUUAUGCUAGAUCAGGAAGAUGGAUAGAAGCUGAAAGAGUCAGGCAGUUGAUGGAAGAGAGAGGUGUGGAGAAGGAAAUUGCUCUUAGUUGGAUUGAGAUCAAUCGAAGAGUUCAUACGUUCAGAGUUGAAGACCGAUCGCAUCCUUUAUCACAAGAAAUAUAUGAGAAGUUACACGAGCUAAUCAAGGAGAUUAAAACAGCAGGUUACGCACCUGACAUCAGCUUCACACUUCACGACAUGAAAGAUAGUAGAAGAGAAGAAUCACUGUUCAAUCACUGUGAGAAGCUGGCAUUUGCUUUUGGAGAUCUUUCUACUGCUCCAGGGGUCUCACUUCGAAUCAUGAAGAACCUUCGGGUUUGUGGAGAUUGUCACCGUGCAUUUAAAUACUUUUCUCUGAUAACAGAAAGGAAGAUUAUAUUGAGAGACACGCAUAGGUUCCACCAUUUUCUCAAUGGGGUGUGCUCUUGCCGCGACUAUUGGUGA